AUGUACCAUUUGAAUGUUAUAACAGUAUCUUUACUUUACCUUGUUGAGCAUUUCUAUACUUUUGACGUGCCUUGUACACAGAAGCUAAUCGGUAAUAAGUGUCUGUUUGAUGAGGAUUGUUAUGGAACGAAUAGCGUUUGCCGGGAACAGCGAUGUACAUGCCCAACAAAUUUUGAAGAAUUUGAUAUUGAUGCACAAACAACGAUAUGCAGAUUGGCUCCAAGCAAAAUUGGUGACACUUGUCAGAGGGAUUGCAAACCACCACUGCUUUGUAGAGAUGGAAAAUGUGAAUGCUGGGGAGGCAGUAUAAUUAAUGGAAAAUGUGUUGUGUCUUGUCCAUCGGGUCAGCAACUUUAUGGGGUUGAGUGUCAACGGGUGGUACACUGGGGACAAAGUUGUGAAAAAGAUAGUCAAUGUGUGGACGUUUUUAAUGCAUGCAUCGGAGGAAUUUGCCAAUGUGCCCCUGGCACCACUCGUGAUGUUGCUAGACAACAAUGCUUUGCACUGUGCCCAGAUGGAACGCAACCUCGGAAUGCUUGUCGGCGUCUUUUUAUCAAUGAUAUUGAUAUGCUAGAAAAUGCUGCAUCUACUGAUAGCUGUCCUUUAGGAUAUCGAUGUGUGACCUAUGGUAGUCCAUACGUUGGGCAUUGUUGUAAAUUAAAAUGCCCAUAUGGAGAGCCUGAUCUAACCCAGUCAUGUGACAUGGGAGUCCCUGAAAAAUACCGUUGUCGUCCACUUACUCAUCAUUGUUACACAAUCUCAGAGCCGGGUUGGAAAACUAGUUUAUGCUGUCCAAAACCAUGUCGUGAUCCUACCCCAAUUUUCAUUAAUAAUCAGUGUUUAAGCAUAGCACAUAGAGAUGAUCCAUGUCAACUCGAUUAUCAGUGUGAAGGCGGUGUAACAAUGAGUUGUAUUUUGGGACUUUGCAAGUGUAAAGCUGGUUUUCACUCAAGUAAUGAUGGCCGAUUUGCAACUUGCGAAAAAACUUGUGGAAUUAAUGAAAUAGCUGUCAUGGAUAAAUGUGUACAGCGUGUAAAUCUCUCUGAGAGAUGUGUUACUAGCAGACAAUGUCCAAAUUUUUCGGAAUGUCGCUUUGGUACUUGUCAAUGUUUGUGUGGUUACAAGCAAGUAAGUGAUUCUUUGAUUGGAUCACGUUGUACUAAUCCCGAUGAUCCAUUUAGUUUGAAUGCGAUUUUGACAGGUGUUGAACAGGUAUUUGGUGGAAAAGCACAAAAUCCAUAA